CGCACUCUCGCUCCCUCGCUCACUGACGCCUUGAGCCGCUCCGGCAGCUCCUCUUUGGCGAGUUGCUGGGCAAACUGUGGAACACACGAGUCCCCCCUCCACCCCCACGGAGAGACAACAAAACAAGGCGAAGAUGUCGUCCUACAUCUCCUCCGAAUGCCGACGCGUCAGCCCCUGCGUCCGCGGCAACAAGUUCGACACGGCGCACCGCAAGAAGGCCGUGCCCAACAUCUUCGAGAACGUCAACCAGGAGUCGGUGAUGAGGCUCUUCCAGAAAACGGGCGACAUGAAGGCGGAGGAGAGAGUGAGGAGCAUCUUCUCCUACACCCUGGACCCGGAAGAGACGGCCCGCGCUCUGAUGGCUCUGAAGCAGAGGAAGAAGGAUAAGUUCCUGCAGAUCGCGGGCAUGGUCCGACAGCUGCUCAAAAUGCGCUGACUGCGUUCGACACCCGCCGGUGUCUCUCGGCUCACGUCCGAGCCGAAUGUGAAAACACUCCCAGUGCGACUGGCUCACCUCCGGGAUGCGGUCCCCACCUUUUGCGUGGAUAAAUACAACAACAAAAAGGAGCGCAAGGUGCGGAGGAGACCCCCCGACGCCCCCCUCCCCACGCUGAGAGGGGCCACACGUCGCGGCCUCGUGGACCGGACGCAGGUGACAGCGCAGAGUCCCUCUACCUGGAGCGGAGGGACUCCCUGGAAUGACCAGGAAUAAUGGAAGGGCACAUGCACACGUAUGCACUGAGACUUGAUUUCCUAAACGCAUUCCUCUGGAUGCCCGACUGUGAAGCAGCCCCCCAGCCCCGUGCGAGGUGCGCGUGGUCGCGCGCAUGGUUGGUGCACAGCUGCAAUGUGAGACUUUAUGGUGCUGAAGACUCUGCCAACACGAAUGCCUGUCAAGAACAAAUGCCUUGUCUCUUAGCUUCUCUUUGUCAUGUGAAAAACGACUCGUUCGGGGGCCACUGAUGUGUAAUUGUCACCUCUGUGACCAUGUGAUGUGCAUUUAUUACGUGUUCCUUUGUACUUUUUUAAAAAUAAAUUAUUUGAUUCAAUACAAAAGG